AUGUCUCUACGCCAGAUUUACCCUGACCUCGGUCAGAAUCGGGGUGGCCAGGCCAGUAUAGAUCUUAUCGCUGUUCACGGGCUCGAUUUUGUCGAUAUGAGCGGGAGGUGCUUAGCAUCUUCCUGGCGCGAGCCGUUAGAUAAGCCUGAAGAAUUUUGGUUAGCUGCCUUUAUUCGGGAGCACAGCUUGGGAGCACGACUGCUAUCGCACGAGUUCGACUCAGUCGUCACUUUCGGUACUGGUCCAGAGAGUGUUUCGCGAGAGGCAGAUGGCUUGCUACACCAGAUUAGCACUAUCCGAUCAACCGCACAUUCGCAUACACCGAUCAUAUUCCUGAGCCACGGCUUAGGGGGUAUCCUCGUGAAACAGGCCUUAGUGAACGCGUCUCAAGGCGAUCAAUAUUGCGGAAUCAAAAAUGCAACACGGGGUCUGGCCUUCUUCGGGACACCUCACCGAGCGCCACCUCAUAGAUCGCCUGGUGUUAUUGAAACAAUAUUCUCUUUGGCUUCACCUAGUACUCCAGUACCAUCGCCCUAUAACCCUGAGCUUAUAAUGGUCCAGGGAUUUCGUGACCAACUUGAGGAUUACCAAUUUGCCCCCAGCGAAAGGUCUCAGCGCUGA